CGAAUUUUGACGGAUAAGAAAGUGGACAUAACAAAUCGCACCUUCAAUCUCACCCUCCACAACUCCACCCUAACAUCUGUGGGUGUGUGGUGCGGGUGCCGUCCAUUCGGUGUUGGCUACUACUUUCCGGCCUCCUUCGAUCCUCGCCGGCGGCGACGAAACCCUAAACCCUCACUCUCCCUAACUCUUUCCCUCUCUAUACCUUUCUUACCGUUUGCUCGAAAUCCCUAAAUAGAAUUCCGAUUGAUAGUUCAUUUCCUGCAGCUGAUUUCCAAUUCUCGUCUGAUCCUUUUAGUUCUCUUCUAGUUCUCUUCUUCUUCACUUGAGACGGAACGACGAAGUUACGCCGUUGAUUUUGCAGCCGGCGCUCCUUUCCCAUCUUGAUUUUCCUCACUCGACGCUAUUUCCGUACUCAGCAAGUCUAAAAUAUAGGUAAUGGCGGAUGAGCCCAUACUGGAAGAGGAAUUGGCUGAAGAAAAUGAUGUGAUUUCAGAGAAAGGUUAUGCUUACAGUAAUAAACAACUUGAUAAGUGUGGGAAGAUUGGGGACCUGAGCAUUGGAAAGCAUGUUUCAUCCAAGGUUAUUCCAGCCAAUUGUAUAAAUGAAGGAGCAACUGAUAGUAAAGAAGUGGCUAACUUACAUGAUGGUGAUACUGGUAGUGAUGGUAAAAGGGACAAGAUUGAGAUGGCUAUGGAUGAUAAAGUGGUUGCCAUGGAUGGUAGAACUCCACAAGUGGGAAUGGUGUUCAAAUCUUAUGAAGAAGUUGUUAGCUUUUAUAAGCUAUAUGCUUUAAGAGUGGGCUUUGGAGUAGCUGUAAAGAAGUCAUCAUUUACAACAUAUGGCCUUUGUCGGCGGUUGGUACUUGUAUGCACUAAGGGAGGAAAAGGAAGAGAAAAUGCUUGCUAUCAAUCCCGACCCACUGCAAAGACGGACUGCCGGGCUAUGAUUGUGGUGAAGUUAUGGGGUGAUGGGUUGCUGCAUUUGAUGGAAGCACAUGUCGAGCAUAACCAUCCUACCAAUCCUUCUUCGGCUCGGUUCUUGAAAUGCUACAAGAAGAUGUCUUGUAGAAUGACUAAUAUGAUUGCGAGAGCAAGUGGGCAUGAGGGUAUAUCGCUCGAUGAUAGGGAAAGUUUGAACUUUAUGGAUGGAGGUAGAUUGAAGCUUGAAGAAGGUGACAAUGAAGCUAUACAUCAAUUUUUUGCCAGAAUGCAAGCGAAGAAUCCGAACUUCUUUUACUUGAUGGAUCUUGAUACUGAAGGCCGUUUGAGGAAUGUUUUCUGGGCUGAUGCUAGGUCCAGGGCUUCAUACCAGCACUUUGGUGACGUUAUUUCAUUUGAUACUUCCUGCCUGAAAUACAAAUUCAAUAUUCCUCUUGUUUUAUUUCUUGGAACAAACCAUCAUGGACAGUCAAUAUUAUUGGGUUGUGGUUUUGUUGCGGAACAAAUAGUGGAGAAUUAUACUUGGCUAUUGAAAACAUGGUUGACGUGCAUGAAUGGGUCGGUUCCAAAUGCUGUAAUAACUGAUGAGUCUGAAAUGAUCAAAGAAGCCAUUUCUGAUGUUUUUCCUAAAGCACGUCAUCGGAUUUGCUUAUGGAGGAUGAUGAAAAGUGUUAAGGAAAAACUGAAAGAGUACGCGGAACAUAAAACAAUUAAAAGAGCGCUGAACAGAGUAGUAUUUGAGUCCUGUCAAGUUGAUGAAUUCGAAGAAAAAUGGAGUGAAUUGAUCAAGGGAUUUGGACUCAAAGGUGAUGAUUUAUUUAACUCAUUAUAUGAACUUAGAAGCUUUUGGAUUCCUGCUUUUUUGAAGGACACUUUUUGGGCUGGUAUGUCCAUCACCCACUACAAGGAGAGGAUAAAUUCGUUCUUUGAAGGCUACCUGUAUCUUGAGACAUGUUUGAAAGAAUUUUUAAGCAAGUAUGAAGUGUCUUUACAAAGCAAAUAUGAAACGGAAGCACAGGCAGAUUAUGAGUCAUUAUACAAUGCUGGUAUUUUUGUGUCAAAAUAUCACAUGGAAGAACAGCUAUCAAAAUUAUAUUCCUUAAAUAUUUUCAAAGUAUUCCAGGAUGAGCUGAAGGGAGGGCUUUAUUGCCAAGUCUCACUAAUCAAGGUUGAUGCUUCAAGCUCUACAUAUAAAGUUAGAGAGUGUGCAUUUAUCAAUGAAAUUGAAAAGGCAGAAAACAAAGACUAUGAUGUGUUAUACAUUGUUGAUGGUUUCCAAGUGCAUUGUUCUUGUGGAUUCUUCCAGUUUAGGGGCAUUUUAUGCAGACAUGCAUUGUCAGUUCUCAAGCUACAGCAAGUUUAUGACAUCCCUGCACGGUAUAUCAUUGAUCGUUGGAGGAAAGAUUUCAAGCAACUCAACUUGAUUUCUCGAAAAUUAAAAGAUGGUUUGAACAACUCUAAUUCAAUGGAGCGCUAUGACAAUCUAUCAAUGCGUUGCCUCAGCCUUGUCGAUAUUGGAGUCAUGUCAGAUGAGAAGUACCAGCUUGCAUUGAAAUUAAUUAGGGAAGUAGAGAAGUCCCUUCUAGAUGAUAACUUGUUCCGCGACCUACAACGGAAACUUCUUCCUUUUGACAAUAGGUUAAGUGAGAGCGAUGAGAAUCAUGCAUCACACGAGUAUGGUAUGUAUGAGGAGAGCAAGAAUUCUCCAGCCUUACCAAUGAAACGCAGAGGCCGGCCACCUAAAAAGGUAAAAGAGACCAGCUUGGAGACAUUACCAAGCUCAAGCAAGAGGAAGGAUAACUUGGGAACAUCAUUGAUAGAUAAUCAGAAUAGCUUUCUUCAAGCUUCCCCAAAUGCUUCACAACUGGGCGCUCAAAUAAGAAUACCUGGUGGCGUCAAUCUGGAGGAAGUCAAUCCAAAUGAAUUAUCAUUUGGCAACCAUUACGGAAUCCAUGCUACUCCCCCAGAUAUCAUGAGUAACCAUUCCACUUUGCAAUCCGCCAAUGCAUUACAGAAUCAGUUUGGCCAGCAGAACCUUGGCAACCAACAAGCGGUGCAAUGGUUCUACCAACCGUUUUUUCAGGAAGAUCAAUCACCUUUUGGUCGGAGACCUGGAUGAGAACUGGGACCGCCAGACUUCCAAUCCUGAUUUUUCUAAGUUACACGACAUUCUUUCUGUUUCUGGGAUGCUGGUGAAUAUAAGCCCAUAAUGAGAGGCAAGAAUGGAUUCAAAAAAGUGUUAGAAUUCUUCCGGAGGUUCUCUAUUAAUCUAUCAUUAAUCAAUUAAAGGUAUCUUUCAAGAUUGUGGAGCUGCAACCCUUCAGCCUUCUGAGGUUUUACAGCCUAUUUUGCAUCAAAGUCCCCUUCAAGUUAACAUUCCAGAUUCUACAGCUGCAUCCUUCAAUUUAUGGAAACUAAUCAAAGUACCCUUCUAAGUCCAGAUUUUGCACUGCCCAUAUUUUUUUUUUGUACAUGUUGUGCAAUUCUUCUCCAACUGAAUAUGAUAUCUUCAUUGAUUUGUUUCCUUUGUUGCUGUCUCAUAGCUUUUAUGUUUUUUUAUUAUUUAGGCUUCGUUUGGGGCUGCUUUCUUGCUGCUUCUUAAAAGUUCUUAGUUGUUUUGCUGCUGUUUAAUUUUUGUAUUAAAAAACUGUUUUAAGAAGCAGCAAUAAAGCCACCUCAAAUGAGACCUUAGUUUUUGAUCUGGCUGUUGCUAAAUAAGCUUAUAAGUUGUAUCUGAUUCUCUUAUCAUUCGCCACUGUACAGUACAGCUGAUAUUAGAUAGUAUUAAUUAAUUGUUGAUUAAGCUUUGUUCA